AUGAGAGAGGAAACCGAGUUUUUCAGAAUGGCGACUCUUGAACCUUUAAGGUCGGCGAUAGCCUUUGGAUCAGCAGGUGAAACAUCGUUGGAAGUGCCUUCUGAUCGCGAUUUUCGCUCCGCAAAACAAAGAGUCCUGGAUCAGGUUCACUCCAUCAAGAGGACUAAGUCAAAAUACAGCAGCAAGAGUGGAUCUGGAACGCUGUCCCCAACCAGUCCCUCUUAUGACAGUGUGUUUUAUGAUCAGUCCACUAUGAAGAUGUCUCCAGUCACCGUCGAUGGUGGCGUUUUCUCCAGAGGAAAGGCCAGCAUAAAUGAUCAUUCCAAAAUGAGGCAAAUGUCCCAGCGCAGAACCACUGUUACCAGAGGGUCCAGCUCCCAGCGCAGUCUUAGUACUUCGAGCAAGAAAGAGAGGGUGUGGUCUCCCAAUAGCCCUCCUGCUAUGAACUGGUCCACCAGCCAGAGGGAGAAGAAACAGAUCACACGCAGUUUCCCAGACCUCAGCCCCGUCCUCCUCCAGCGUGCCCAGGUCAGUCAAACAAGUCAAGUUGUGAGGGCUGGAUCCGCCAACAAGAUCUCCAGGACUCCAGUAAACCAGUUCAGUGUCAGGCGGCCCCCUUCCAUGCACUCGACCGCAGAGUCGAGAGUUUCGGUUUCCAAAAGCAAGAACGGGGACCUCUCUGGGCUGAAUGGAGGAGUACAGGUGCCUGAUAUUACCAUGAAGGAGGCAGUGGAGUUUUUAUACAGUCCUGAUGAAGCUUUUCAGCAGUGUGGAGCUUCCUAUAUCCAACACACCACCUACAUGGAGGAGAAGGCCAAGGAGGAGGUGUUAAGGUUGAAAGGGAUUGCUCCUCUGGUGGCUAUACUGGGCAGUCCAAACUUGCAGGUGCAGGAGACAGCAGCAGCUGCUCUGAGGAACCUGGUCUUCAAAAGCAGCCCCAACAAAGAGGAGGUGCAAAAGUGUGGAGGCAUUACUCAGGCCAUCAACGUGCUGAAAGAGACAAAUUCAGCAGAGAUCCAGAAACACCUGACAGGCCUUCUGUGGAACCUCUCCUCUUCUGACAGCCUAAAGCCUGAGUUGGUGCGCAGUGCCGUACCCGUCCUCACCGAAAAAGUCGUGGUACCUUUCACUGCCGACAAAGACCAGAACGCUAACAGCAGCAACGUGGAUCCUGAAGUCUUCUACAACACCACAGCAUGUCUGCGAAACCUCAGCUCGGGAAAGACAAACUCUCGUCAAGCGCUUCGUAACAGCCGAGGUCUGAUUGAUUCUCUUGUGAGCUACGUGAGAGAAUGUGCAGACUCAGACCUGCCCAAUGACAAGUCUGUGGAGAACUGCGUGUGUGUUCUUCACAAUCUCACCUACCAGCUGGAGAGCGAAGUACCCUCCCUCUUCACCAAGAUGAAUUCAUUGGCAGGUUUCCCCUCCAGGGGAGGGGUCACCACCACACCCUCUUCUCCCAUUGGCUGCUUCAGUAGUCAGAGUAACAGAAUAAAGCAGGAGAGCUGUUUUGAUUUCCCUGUCAUCGAGGAGAACAACCCAAAAGGAACUUCCCGGCUCUUCCACUCUAAGACACUGCAGACGUACCUGUCUCUGCUGAGGUCCAGUGAAAAUGAGAAAACUCUGGAAGCCUGUUCUGGAGCCUUACACAACCUCACUGCCAGCAACAGUGUAGCAUCGGGCGUUCUGAGCCAGACUAUUGUGCAAAAACUGAAUGGACUUCAGCAGAUCUCUGCACUGCUGCAGUCAGAGAAUACCAUUCUGAGGAACAAUGCUGUCUCCAUCCUCGGGAACAUUUCCAAGAUCCCACACCUCCGUAGCAGCCUGGCUCGCCAAUCUCUGCCACAACUUGUCGGUCUCCUGAGCUCCGGGGUAACACACGGAAGCAAACUCACCGAGUCUGACAACACCAUGGCGACGACCUGUCACUCAGUCCUCAACCUGCUGAAGUCGGAGCCUGAGCUGGGGAAACGACUGUUGAAUAACACUCUAAUCAACUCACUGAAAGAUCUGAGUCAAAACACAUCUUUGCCAAAGACCAGGACAGCUGCCUCCGUUCUCCUCUACAGCCUGUGGUCAGAUAAAGACUUUCAAAGCUUCCUCCGAAAGCAAGGGAUGAAUAAGACGUCUUUUGUGAAUGACAUGACCACUGCCGCCUUCAGGUCUGUUCAAGUGAUUGAGUGA